AUGAGCGAAGAUAAAGCUAAAUUAGGGACCACAAGGUCUGCCACGGAAUAUCGUUUAUCCAUUGGUAGCGCUCCGACUUCAAGAAGGUCGUCUAUGGGUGAAUCCUCAUCCCUGAUGAAAUUUGCUGAUCAAGAGGGAUUAACGAGUUCCGUUGGCGAAUAUAACGAGAAUACCAUACAACAGCUUCUGUUGCCUAAAAUAAGAGAACUGAGCGAUUCAAUCAUUACUUUAGAUUCCAAUUUCACGCGCUUAAAUUUUAUCCACGAGAGUUUAGCUGAUCUUAAUGAAUCCCUAGGUUCGUUGUUGUACGGUAUUAUGAGCAAUUCAUGGUGCGUAGAAUUCUCACAGGCGCCUCAUGAUAUUCAAGACGAUUUGAUCGCUAUUAAACAAUUGAAAUCGUUGGAAGAUGAGAAAAAUAACUUAGUAAUGGAACUCUCCAAUAUGGAACGCGGGAUUAAAAGAAAAAAAGACGAACAAGGUGAAAAUGAUUUGGCCAAGGCAUCUCAGAACAAACAGUUUAACCAGCCGCUAUUUCCCUCCUCACAAGUAAGAAAAUACAGGUCAUAUGACAACAGAGACAAGAGGAAGCCCUCCAAGAUAGGCAACAACUUACAAGUAGAGAAUGAGGAGGACUAUGAAGACGAUACUAGUAGUGAAGCUUCUUUUGUUCUAAAUCCAACAAAUAUCGGUAUGUCCAAAUCAUCUCAAGGUCACGUGACUAAAACCACGCGUUUGAAUAAUAAUACCAACAGUAAACUGAGAAGAAAGUCCAUCUUACAUACAAUCAGAAAUAGCAUUGCUUCCGGCGCUGAUUUACCCAUCGAAAACGACAAUGUUGUUAAUUUGGGAGAUCUGCAUCCAAAUAAUCGAAUAUCACUCGGAAGUGGUGCUGCAAGAGUGGUCAAUGGGCCCGUUACGAAGAACAGAAAUUCAAUGUUCUCAGGACGUGCUGAAAGGAAACCCACAGAAAGCAGACAUUCUGUUGCAAAGAAAACUGAAAAAAAAAUAAAUACAAGGCCCCCCUUCAGAUGA